GAUUUUUGUCCAUCGUUUAGCUAUUUCUGUCAAGGAAUCGGCAUCAGGAAACCGUGCUUUGACUUCGUAGCGAGGAAAGUAACGCCAGGUCAGACAAGCUAGAUUAAAAAAAAAGAAAAAGUUUACCCAAGCCGGAGCCAUGAUUCAAAGUCUUGACAACAGUUACGGUAUUUUAACGUACCGCUUGGAUUCUUUAAACUUGCUUUUAAACAUAUGUUGGCUUAUUUAACUGAAUUUACAGAGGGAUUCGUCGCCAUAUGGAUGGAUUGAUUGAGUCAAACUUAACGUUAUAUAACUAGCGAAAUGGAAACAUUGGUUAGUUUUAAAGCCCUGUCUGUUUUUAAAAAAAAAAAAAAAAAAAACAAAUAAGGUUACUACCGAGUAAGUUUUGAGGUAACAGCAAAUGUGCUCGUCGCGGGCAAAUCGAUAAGUCAGCUGGAGAAAAUAAUUCCUGCUGCUUUUUUGGUGAGACGUGUGUUAGCUGUCGUGUUGUUAAAGUUAAUGUCGGUUGUGGCUCUUUUGUGUAGGAAAACGCCGGCUUCGGUGCACUUGAAGCUGGCGUCGUGUUUGUGUCUCAGCGCUUCUGGAAUAAAAGCCAGGCUCGCGCAGUGAGCCUGUUCUAGAAGCCUCACGCGCUCUGCCCUUUUCUGUGAGUGUUACGGAGAGCGAGCAGGUUGCCUCGUGCUCGCAUUCUGCCCCGCUCGUGCUGAAUGGGGGUCCUGAUGCUGCUGCUGUUUCCACGAGAGUUAAUCUAAUUCUUGUGAGAAGAUGGACAUCAGGGAGGAACCAAAGAAUUGUUCUGUCAGUGUCCUGACCUGGGAGCAGGUGAGUCGGCUGAAUGAAGUCCUGACAGAGGUCGUGCCUGUUCAUGGAAGAGGGAACUUCCCUACCUUAGAGGUACGGCUGAAAGACAUUGUGGCAUGGGUCAGGGCCCACCUGGAGCUGAGUGGCAUCAGAGUAAAGGACAUACGGCUCAAUGGCUCCACAGCAAGCCAUGUGCUGGUGCAGGAUAUUGGCUGGAGCUACAAGGAUCUGGACAUCAUCUUCAGGGUGGACCUGCCACACGAGGAAGAGUUCAGGCUCAUUAAGGACGUUGUGCUGGGUACCUUGCUGGACUUUCUGCCUGAGGGUGUGAACAAAGAGAAAAUUACACCCAUGACUCUCAAAGAGGCCUACGUGCAGAAGCUGGUCAAGGUCAACACAGAGCAGGACCGCUGGAGCCUCAUCUCCCUUUCCAACAACAAUGGCCGCAAUGUGGAGCUGAAGUUUGUGGACUCAAUACGCCGGCAGUUUGAGUUCAGCGUGGACUCCUUUCAGAUUGUGCUGGACUCCGUGCUCGCCUACUACGAACUAGCAGAGACCCCCAUGUCACAGACCGUUCACCCUACUGUGCAUGGGGAGAGCAUGUACGGGGACUUCAACGUGGCACUGAGCCACCUACGGAACAAGCUCAUCGCCACCAAGCGGCCUGAGGAGAUCCGAGGCGGCGGCCUGCUGAAAUACUGCAAUCUGCUGGUGCGGGACUUUCGGCCUGCCAGCAAGGAGGAGUUCAAAGGCCUGGAGCGGUACAUGUGUUCACGCUUCUUCAUUGACUUCCCUGACAUCGGUGAGCAGCAGCGUAAGGUCGAGGCCUACCUCCAGAGCCACUUUAUUGGUGAGGAGAAGAGCAAGUACGACUACCUCAUGACCCUGCGGCAAGUGGUCAACGAGAGCACGGUGUGCCUCAUGGGCCACGAGCGGCGGCAGACCCUCCACCUCAUCUCGCUGAUGGCCUUCCGAGUGCUGGCGGAGCAGAACGCCAUCCCAGAUGCAUCUUGCGUCACCUGCUACUAUCAGCCGGCGCCUUAUGUCCGAGACCACAACUUCAGCAACUACUAUGUGGCUAACCAGAACAUUCCAACAUGGCUGCCAUGUAACUGACAAAACAAACAAGUGGAGGGAUGUACAAGAGAGCACUGCCACCGCUGCUGCUUUUGAGAACAGAGAAGGAAUUUAAAAAAAAGAUAACAAAAAAAUGUAAAAAUUAGAGGCAAUAAAUGCUAAGUUCCUCUCAAGGCACAAUGAUAUUUAAGUGGACAAGUGUUUUGCUUUGUUUUCUUGCAAUCCUUUCUCAUUCCUUACAUACAGAGGUGUUGAGGUCAUUGAAUAGAAAGUGAUAUUUUUAAGUGUUAUUUAGAUUUUUUUCCCCAUCAUGUUUGGUUGUCUCCCUGUUUACCAACCUUAUUCUUAAUGGAGUUGUGUUUUGUGCCUUAACCUCCAGAUUUACCCCCCAGUAAUUUAUGUAUGGGCUUGUUUUUGAAGAAAGGGAAUAAGAAAAAGUUAUAGCCCUAAAUUUGGUUUUCUCUUGUGAUUAAAAAAAAAAAAAUGUGAAAAGGCUGAAAAAAAAAAACAAAAAAAUUUGAAAAUGUGUUAUUGGGGAAAUGGUAAUAUAAAAGGUUUUGGCUUAGUUCAAAAAAAAAAAAAAAAAAGCGGAGCACUAGAGUAAAAUGUUUAGGUCACUGGGGAGGGAAGAAAGGUGGUACAUUAACUUUUGGUCACAUCAGAAAUGAAGCGAGAGGAAUCUGUUUGUUUUAAUUCAUCCUUGUAAAUAUCUCUCACAGGCAUUGGUGCCCUCCCUGAUACGCCGGCAGUGCCCGUGAUUUGUAAACAAUGCAAGAGAAAGUGUGUGUAUUUUUAUUUUCCACUGUGAAUUUCAGUAUAGGAGGACCCCCCUCCCCCCCCCCCCCCCCCUUUAUCCAGUUCACUCAGCCCUGUACUUUUCAGUCGAGACCGGCUUUGAGUGGAAAACUACAGGGGGACAGUUCAGGCCUCAGAUAGAUGGGCUCCUGGUGUGUCUGAGGACUUUAUUAUCCCCUAAUUUUAAGUCACUUUAAGAGCCUCGCCAGUGACCUCCAGAUGUCACAGUCCUCUGGCUUUUCUGGGGUGGGGAGGGCCGCUGACAGGUCAGAGUGAACAUGGGCCUGUUGAGAGAAUGCGGCUGGCCUCUUUGCCCAGAGCGAGAGCUGGCUGGGAGUCCUGGAGUGACAGGCUGACUGGCUGUCCCUUCCCUUAAAAGGAGCAGCACAUGGUGGGCCCCCAGGGUCGUCCCUCACAACCAUUGCAGGCUCUAGAGCAGCCCUGAAAUGGGAUCCUCCUCUGAUGCAGCUCAGCGACUGGCUCUCCAGCUACAGGCCGUCUAUAAUUAUCCUCUUUCUUUUUUUUCCCGGGGGAGGUACCUUCAGAGCAGGGAACCAGGGAUGGGUGUGCAAGCAGCAGCAAGUCGCCCCGCCACCUUACAUGUGUGGGAGCUGAAUCACUUCCUGUCCUCUCCUUUCUGGCAGCUGCUGGGACCACGCAGUGUUUGAACCCCUUUUGUGGUCAUGGGAGGACACAGAGUUUGACUGGUAUGUUAAGAGAAACGCCAGCAUGUCUGCUAGAGGGAUACUACUCCCAUUUCGGACUAGGAUUUUGAUUUAUCAUGGAAACUGCAACUGACUUGAGCCACGAGGUGCCCCCCUACCCCCACCCCUCCCCCCUACCAUGUACCCCCGCACUAUAUAAAUUUCUAUUUCUAGCCAAGCCUAUUAUUAGCUGUGAAUUUUGAACAUUUGCGGUGUGGCAUUACGAGCAGAUGGGCUAAGCUGUGACUUAAACCUGUCGUCUCUCCCCUUCCCUCUCCUGACAUCAUAGCAUCCAGGUCUGAGAGGAGAGAAGUUGUUUGUUUGUUGCUUAUUUACUUCUUAUGUAAGUGGCAGCUGCUAUCUGUCAACCCCCCCCGGGUUCUUCAGAAGCCCUCACAUAUUCCUGCUCUCUGCUUUUCUGCUUCUCGUCUCACUGUGGCUCAUGUUUGUACCAGAUAACCAGGAGCGUCUCUUAUCUGGCCGGCUCACAGCUCGUGGCUGGUUGGAGCGUAGUCGGAGGAAGGUCAGCCCGGCCUCUUCCGCAGGUCACACCCGGGGGGUCAGGGCAUGAUGUGCUGGCUCAGCUGCUGAGCUUUGGUAUGGGACCUGCCACAGCCUUUUUAACAACAAGUUGAGGUGCCACACACUUUUUCACUCUGGACCAAAGUCUGCUUUACAACCAGCAACUGAAGCAAUCAAGUGCCUUUCACUUUUUGGAGAGUGAUGUAGCGUUUUAAAGGUUUUUUUUUUUAAUGGUGAUUGAAAAGGAAAGAAAAGGGUUGGGGAUUUUUUUUUUCUUUUCAGACCCUGUGAAACUUAAUUAUGAUAUGAGACUGUCAUCACUGUAUUAGAUACUAGUUUAUGGGAAAAUGCAAAUGGUUUGGGGGCAAAAUAACUUUGGUUUGAAUUCAAAGUUAGAUUUUUCGUUUGUUUUUUUUUCCUUUCUUUUUUUUUUUUGUCUCAGACCCAGACCUCACCUUGUGUCUAGUCAUUCCUGUCAGUCUUCUCAGCCAUUUUGUUUUACUCCCAUCUUUGUCUUUUCCUACAAGUUCAGGCCUUGCUGUCUCCGGCAGCCAUGUUGACUUCAGUCUCACAUCAGUGCCUUUUGAAAUUUAACUAUUGAUUCUUUCUGAUUGUCUGAUCAGCUGUUAUACAUUUACAACAUUAAUUUAAUGGACCGCCAAGCGUUGCAGCUCCGCCUGCUCCGAUGGAACCAGGCUAAAUUUGUUCUGCUGACAGCUCUGUCCCCAUUCACACCAAAGCAAUACCUGAAGUGCACUGACGAGCCAUACAGUGGCACAGUAGCUGGAGGUCACCCAGCAGAGACCCCAUACUAACAGAAGCACUUUAAAGAGGCCUUGUUUUACUCCAAACCCAGCCACCUGAGAGGAAUGUAAAUAAGCUAACGUUGUCAAUUGCUGAGGGAGUUGAGCUGGUUCUCAGGGACAUACUGUGCUUUUCAGGGCUUUGUUUUGUCCCUUUUUUUUUUCGGGAACGUGAAUCGGUUUAAUCUCCCCCUGACAUUGAGACAUCACCUCCUAGUACUCGCCUUCAUCUUGUGUCUUUUGUUCUCUCUGUGUUACUUGUAACUCUGACUCUCCUCUUUUUACCCAGACUGUAGGUUCUUGUUAGGGUAGGUCACACCUGAAGGUGGAGGGAGCCAGCAGACUUGAGCUUGCUGAAGCCUGACAACAGCGCUGGGUUUUAUCUGUGCAUCCAUAUGCUCUGAAACCUUAUCAUCACUCAGUGGGUAGUCCCAUCCUUGUUUAGUGCUAGCAGCUGGAUGUAACACUGUACUCCUUAGCCUAAGUUGAUCUCAGUCUUGUUUGGAAGCCAGAGAAAGAGCGAUUUAGUGAUAAAAUCCCUUUUAUGGAACGGCACCCCAGAAUCUCUGACUCUUUCCCCAGUUUAAUUAUCUUCUCUGAGUGAUGAUCGAUUCGUUUAUCAGCGUUCGGAGCCUCAUUCAAAGCCAGAUGCCCGGUUAAGCUUCAGCUCACUGCUGCACUUGGCGAGGACGAGUCUCUUCUUAGGCCUCUUGUUCAGGUCGCGAGCGAGGUCAAAGAAAACGCAGCAAACAGAAACUCGUGUUUCUUGACAGUCAGUAGUGAACGUGGCCUGGAAUGUAAAUCUGGGUUUUUUUUUGUGUGUCCACCUUAACUUCACACGUUUACGGUUAUGUUUUUUUUUUUCCCUGACGACUGAAAAAUGUGUUCCUGUUAAUCAAAGCUUUACCUUCCCUGCUACGUGAGAGCGGGACGCCGCAGGGCUCAGACUAAAUCACAUCCUUCGUCAGGGAUGACAUAUGUAUGUCAGUGUACAAAGAUUUUGUGAAGUACAAUGUGGAAAAAAAAAAGGAUGAAGUGUAUUUUGCUUUUUUUUUCAUUAUUAAUUUUCUGACCCCCACUUUUUUUUUUUCUGCUGUAAACUUGUCAGUGUUAUUAGUCCUGUUGCUUUUCAGUCACCUCGCCUUUGGUAGCCCCACUCGUUUGGGCCUUUGUUUAUUGGUACAGCGUGUGUGUGUGUGUGUGUUUGUUUUUUUGUUCUUCUCCUUUAUGACACCUGUAGAUGUGUUCUUAGCUGGCAGGGGUGCAGAGAAAGCUGUGGAUUAGAUAUUUAGUGGUUAACUCUUGUCUGAUGUUCAAGUCUUAAACCAUGGAAAUGUGAUGGAGGCCCUCUGGAAGCUCUCCUACAGUUUCUGUAUCAAGAGUUGUGAAGUCUUUUUUUUUGCAGCAGCAGAUUUUGUGUUUACGUUAUUGUGUGGAGGUGUGUGUGUGUGUGUGUGUGCUUGUUUGCAUGUGUGUAUGGGAUGCCUGUGGAUAUACAAGUUUAAAAAGUGGGGAAAAAAUGAAAUUCGUGGCACUAUAAUUUUUUUUUUUUUUUUUUUGAAAUAGUUAAUGCAAAAGAGCUUUUUUUGUCAGCUUUGUGAUUGUGACAGUGACUUUGAUGGUUACAUCCAUUAUACUAUUUCAUUUUUCAGCACUUUUACCUCACUUGAGUUUUUCCUUUGAAUGGAAAUGUACAUAAGGAAAAUGUGUUUGAAGAGGAAAUAUUGAAUAAAGAGUAUUAAAUGCAA